AGGCGGUAGGAGUGGAUGAGCCUGAGCCGAGCAGUCAGCCAGUCCUGCCCUCACAAGGAGCACCGUAGUCGGAGGUGAUACCGCCCUCCUCCUGCUGCCAAACCCCCCUGCCUGCCUGUCGCUUCCCUUCCGACCUGAAACCGGAGCCGGUGUCCAGGACCAGGAUGUAUCGAUCUGUUUGCUUGUAGUGCUUCUCCUCCAGCCGAUCCUCCAUGCGUCAGCCCCGGGAAUGGAUCAGGAAUCCGGUGUGGCGUCUGCAGGGAGUUUUAUCUCCCUGAACGAGCACGAGCAGAGGUAUUACUCGGGUCUCCACAGCCUGUGCCAGGCGGACGCCUCGGGGACACUGUCGUCCAGCAAAGUGGCAGAGCUGUUCAAGGCGUCUCAGCUGCCUCCUGAAGCCCUGCAUAAAGUGACCGAGGUGUGUGGAGCAAAGCGUAUGGGCUACUUUGGUACACCUCAGUUCUUCGUGGCCCUGAAAUUGCUCGCCGCCGCCCAGUCCGGUCUGCCCAUCCACCUGGAGAGUGUAACGGCCAAUCUACCUCUGCCCAGAUUUGUUGGGCUGAAGAAUGAGCCAGAGAUGCGAUAUGUAACCGCCCCCCCAACUAUAGACGGUCAAGGUGCUCCAUGUGGGACUGCACCUGUCUCCGCCCCCUGGACUCCAGCAGACAGGAGCUCCUUCAGACACGUCGAGGCCAGUGUAGAGAAGAAGGAACCUUGGUCCCCACCACGAUCACCGUGCAGUUCUCCGCCUCGAUCCCCGCUGACCUACCGCGGCUACCCGUACAACAAGCAAAGAAACGGGGCUGACGCACAGAUUGCCUAUGAAAGCAAACAUUCCUCACGGCCGAUCGUUCAGCUGGAGCAGCACUCCUCGCCUAGUAACUACGGGACCAAACCCACUGUGGAGCAUCCUGCCAUGGCUCGGGCUUCCUCAUCAGAGAGGCUGGACCAGCAGGGAGUAGUGGACUACUCUGACGAUGACCCCUGGAGGAUCACAGAGGAACAGCUGGAGUAUUACACCAAUCAGUUCAAGAGCCUGCAGCCUGACCUGGGGGCUCUCAUCCUGGGAACCAUUGCAAAGAACUUCUUUACUAAAUCCAAGCUCCCAAUUCCAGAACUUUCCCACAUUUGGGAGUUGAGCGAUGUGGAUAGAGACGGAGCUCUCACGUUCUCUGAGUUCUGCACAGCCUUUCACUUGAUUGUAGCACGCAAGAAUGGUUACCCUCUCCCAGAGAGCCUCCCCCCGACCCUGCUGCCGGGGUUCAUGCAGCAGGAAGAGGACAUACCGGAUACUCCAGAGAGUGUAGAGCCUCUUAUUGUCUUUGAGGAUACUGAGGAUCGGAGCUUAAUAGAGAGGCUCCAGCCAAGUCUAGCCACAACAAAACAAGAUUUGAAAGAGGAGUCAUGCAAACAAGAUGUUGGUGUGAAGAGGGCAACAACAUCUCAAGAGAAACCCACUUUACAACUUGGUGCUUUUCCUGAGAGGCUAGAGCCGCCUCAGGACCUGGACCCACAUAUGAGGACAAAAACUAGACCGAGGUCCUACUCCAGCACCUCUAUCGAAGAUGCUAUGAAGAAAGCAGAAGAGCCUCCCACCCCUCCACCUCGGCCCCAGAAGACCCACUCCAGAGCCUCCUCGCUGGACCUCAACAAGCUGUUCCAGCAGGGCGUUCCAGGCAUAAAAAGUGGAUGGUUGCCGCCUCCUCCAGCCCUUCCUCCUCGACCAUCAACUUCACAGGUUCCUCAUUUUAUCAACGUUUCAGAGAAAACCCCUCAGAGUAAAGUGCAGCAGCCAAACUUUGCUGACUUCAGUCACUUUAGAGAAGAGGAGGAGAGCAGCAUGAAACCUGAGGAGCAGGGUCCACGCUCUAGAUUUGGUCCAAGUUCUGAAGACCUGGCCAAUGCUUCAAAACAGGAUGUGAUUGGAGUUCCUCACAGUCAGGCGCCACAGAAGCCGGUCCGCAGGAAAUACUACGCGGAGAGCCAAAACCUGGAGACCGUCCCUCCACCUGCCAUGCCGUUUCCUACCCCGACCAAACCUGCUCAGAAGCUGAUGUCCAAACAGAAGAGGGAGAUCCAGAUGGCGAUCCGUAAAAACAAGGAAACCAACGCAGUGUUGACACGCCUCAACAGCGAGCUCCAACAGCAACUCAAGGUGGUUCACCAGGAGAGGGUCACCUUGGAGUCCCAGCUGGACCUCCUGCGGCCUCUGGCUUCGACGUGACUGAGCCUGAAGUCCGGUUAGAUCCAUGUUACCUGUGCGUCACAGAAAUACAUCAGUGUCUCUAUAAAACAUGAAUUUUUGAGCCAAGAUACAGAAAGUUGUCAUGGAUAAAGAAUAAUUGUAAAAGGGUUGACAAUGGGGACAAACAGGGAUGUGACUAUUUCUUUUGUGACUUCGGUCCCACAUCUAAAUGUUACUUUUUAUUGACGUUUUACAGGUUAAAACCAUGCUUUUUUUUUUUUAAAUCACUGUUUGACAUGCACAUGUAAAAUACCCUGUUAUUCACUGUGACAUUCUAACUUAUUUUUCUCUUUUGAUUUGCUGUCAUGAAUCUGACAUUGCUUAAAAUUCAUGUGACAUAUUGCCAUGACUCAGAUACAUGUUUCAUGUUUGUUACAUGUUCUGUGUUAAAGAUUGUAACUAAAGUACUCUCAGUUUUUCUCAGUCUCUGUAUACAGUGCAUCAUGGGCAUCCACAUGUGGUCUAAAGCAAGUAAUGGUGCUACAGAUUAGUUCCUGAAUCUGAUUACUUUUUUGCACUUGAAGUAAAAAAAAACGCACAUUUGCAAGGUUGUUCGAAAAAGCCUCAUUAGAUAUGUGUUUUAGCUAGAGAUUUCCAGCCUGCGCACAAGAUUUGAUUGUUGAUUGUCACACUGUAGCACUGGCACAUGAGUCUAUUAGGACACUGAAGAAUGUUGACUCUGGAUUUAUAUGAAAUGUGGACAUUUUACUUGAAUUUGCUCCAUCUGUAAUGUAAGCACUGUCUGACUUUUGCUUUUUUUUUAAACCCCUUCUGUUUAUUAUCCUAUGAAGAAUUAUUUCUGCACUGCAAGUUUGGAUAAAAAAUAUUUUCAAGGCCCUCUAUAUAAACUAGUAAUAUCAAUCUAGACAAAAAAAAUUAAAUGAGCACAAUAUUAUGGCAGCCCAUUUCUGCCAAUGUGAUUGAAAGAAAAUAGAUGCUGUAAGUUACUAUAAUGAGAAGAGCUUUCUCAAAAUAAUGACUUAGUAUCUCAAAAUGUGACUUAGUUUCUCAGCAUAUUGAGAAACUUUUGCAAAAAUGACUUCUUUCCAAAUAAUGAGAAACUCUGUCGUAAUAAUGACAUAUUGAGAAACUUUUUCAUUAUCUCGGAAAUCAGAAACUUUCUCAAAAUAAGGACAAGAAUGUAUUUUCCUGACGGAAAUGGGACAAUAUUCAUCUGAUGUUUUGCAAGAUAGAUUUCAAACCAGUUCAUGUCGGAUGUGGUUUUUGACCUAAUCUAUGCAAAGAACAUGUGGUGCUGCUGUAGCUUGCUUUAGACCAUUUACCAUCAGGAACAAUCAGGAUGUAUGGGACACAAUGAACUGGUUGAAAUACAUGAUGGCAUGCUUGAUACUGCAUGCUAAAAAGGAUGUAAGCAUUGGAUUGUAAAUUAAUGUUAAAUCAUGCACAACUACUGAGCUCUGGGCUGAAGACAAUAAUCAAACUAAUCAAUAAAGUUGUCUAUUUUUA